GAGCACGAGAGCAGAGCGAGGCACGACUCAUGCAUUUCUAGAAAAAUCCGACAGCGGCAUUUUUUGCAUUUUUCACAAGCUCACAACUUUGUGUGGUCACUAGCGUGUUUUUAGGAGCAUUAAAGACUUUAAUCAGUAAAGCAGGCGAUCUUAAUAGCAAAAAUGGAUAAGGUGAACGAACUGAAGGAAAAGGGCAACACAGCGCUAAAUGCCGAGAAGUUUGAUGAGGCGAUUGCUGCAUAUACAGAAGCCAUUGCGCUGGACGCCAAAAAUCAUGUUCUUUACAGUAACCGAUCGGCCGCCUACUCCAAGGCUGGAAGAUUUAAAGAAGCUCUCGAAGACGCUGAGAAGACGAUUUCUUUGAAUCCCAGCUGGCCCAAAGGUUAUUCACGCAAAGGUGUUGCGGCCGCUGGUCUACGAGACUAUAUGCAGGCCCUGGAAGCCUACAACGAGGGUUUGAAGUACGAUCCACAUAAUGCGAUUCUUUUGCAAGGCUGCCAGGAGUUCACUGCAUCUGUGUUGAAUAUGAUGCGUUCACGAACCGAUAUACCAAUGGACGUUGAUCCACAAUCGGGCACCUCUAGUUUUGAAAGGAAAUCGCAGCCGUCCAAAGCAUAUGAGCCCCCAAAGCCCGCUGAGCCGCGAGUGGAGGAUAUGAGCGAGGAUGAGCGUAAAAAGUACUUUGCCAAAAAGGAAAAAGAACUAGGCAAUGCCGCUUAUAAGAAGAAAGAUUUUGAAACCGCUCUCAUUCAUUAUAAUGCCGCCAUCGAGCACGAUCCGACUGAUAUCACGUUUCAUAACAAUAUUGCGGCUGUAUAUUUUGAACGAAAGGAAUACGAAGAAUGCAUCAAGCAGUGUGAGAAGGGCAUCGAGGUGGGACGCGAAAAUCGUGCUGAUUUUAAGCUAAUUGCGAAAUCUUUGGCACGUAUCGGCAACACCUAUCGCAAACUGGAAAACUAUAAGCAAGCUAAAUUCUACUAUGAAAAGGCCAUGUCUGAGCAUCGUACACCGGAGAUAAAGACCUCGCUCAGCGAAGUUGAGGCCAAAAUCAAGGAGGAAGAGCGACGCGCAUAUAUUGAUCCAGCUAAGGCUGAAGAGGAGAAGGAAAAGGGCAAUGAGUACUUCAAGAAAGGAGACUACAGCAGUGCUGUUAAACAUUAUUCGGAGGCCAUUAAGCGUAAUCCGGAUGAUCCCAAAUUGUAUAGCAAUCGAGCUGCGUGCUAUACAAAGUUGGCUGCAUUCGAUUUGGGACUGAAGGAUUGUGAUACAUGCAUUAAGCUUGAUGAGAAAUUCAUCAAGGGUUAUAUACGAAAGGGCAAGAUUCUGCAAGGCAUGCAACAGACCUCCAAGGCUUCAACGGCGUAUCAAAAGGCUCUGGAAUUGGAUCCAAAUAAUGCUGAAGCAAUCGAUGGUUAUCGUCAAUGUUCAAUGAAUUUCCAACGUAAUCCGCAAGAGGUGCUCAAGAAUGCCAUGUCGGAUCCGGAAAUACAGCAAAUUCUCAAGGAUCCGGCUAUGCGCAUGAUACUUGAACAGAUGCAGAACGAUCCAAAUGCUGUUAAAGAACAUUUACAAAAUCCAGCCAUUGCCGACAAGAUAAUGAAGCUGCUGGAAUCGGGCAUUAUACAAAUACAUUAGAUUAAACAAUUGAAAAAAUAUAGACAGCAAAGAAAAAAA